AAAAGAUAAAGAUGCUGUACCCAUCUCUGUCUACCUCAAGAACGUAAACUUUGUAGACCAUCCAUGUGAUUUUUCACGACCAGACACGACUGAAUUUUCAGAUGAUUUUCCCUACUCCAGAAACGCAUCAACAAAAUGUUGACGACCCGGUUGAAAAAAUGUUAAAAAAAACUGGUUGUAUGGAACUGCAUUACGAAGUUCAAGAGUGUAUAGUAGAAACUCAAGAUUGGAGAAAGUGUCAAGAGCAAGUAAAAAGAUUCAAAGUGUGUAUGGACAAAUAUCAAAAAGAAAGAGAAAAGUCAUACUUAAAUAAAUAAACAUGUCGUUAAUGAAUUA